CGCAAAUUCAAACUGCAGUAGGAGCCGACAGAGGGGAGCAAUGGAGAGCCGGAGCUGUAUAUAGAGGCCCGCGCACCGGAACUGUUUUUCCAAUGGCUACCACCUCUGCCACGGCAUCAUGAGAUCAAGUCCCCGAAGGCCACUUAUAUUGAGAAGACGUAGGUUGAACCUUCCGAAUCAAGAUGACCUCCGCAGCACUAGGACUCCUGAACAGAGACAGACCGCCAUGACUGACACUGUAGAAAGUCAGAAGCAGGAUCUGGGCCACAAUGAAUCAAUCCUGCCAAAAUCAGUAACCACCGAAUUCAACCGGUUUCCUGAAAAUUUGGUCUGUCCAAACCAAAGCACCAGUGUAGGAAAUGCAGCCUCUCCUGCAGAUUCCCCCAGUCUCUGUGGUGUUAAGGUCAUGGGUCACCCAACCAUCCCUGAUACUCAGUUGGUAGUUAUCCCCCCAGAUUCUGAUGUAGAAAGUAUCAUUCAAGCUCUGACUGUACGGGGAAAGGAGAGCGGUGGCCCCAACAAGUUUAUCCUCAUCACUGGGAGCAGCUCCUUCCACUCCCAAGUUGAGAAACUUGGACUCCAAAGCAAGGCCGCAGAGGAAAUCGAGACCAUACAGCUGGAGGCCUCAGCCUCAUCUCAUCAGUCACCAGAGGAAGAGAAGCAAGCCAUUCCUAAGGAAGGACAGGAACUGGAUGGAAGCCUUACCAACAUACACUGGCUGGGGAACAUGAGCUCUGAUGGACUGGGACCAUGUGAUGUCAAAGUGGAAUUUGCAGAGAAGGAGAACUGCACCCCUGGGAUGGAGUCCUUACAGGUGGAGGAAGAACACAGAGCACCCGCAGCCUCUCAGCUGUGGCAGGUCAGUGCCUUUGAGCGUCCUCCAUACUCCUACAUGGCUUUGAUCCAGUUUGCCAUUAACAGUACGACUUCCAAGAGAAUGACCCUGAAAGACAUCUACACGUGGAUCGAGGAUCACUUUCCUUACUUUAAACACGAAGCAAAGCCUGGUUGGAAGAAUUCCAUCAGACAUAAUCUCUCCUUGCAUGACAUGUUUGUGCGUGAGACCUCUAGCAACAACAAGAUUUCCUAUUGGACCAUACAUCCCCAUGCCAACCGCUGCCUCACCCUUGAUCAGGUAUACAAGGCCUCCAGCUCCACGUCCUCUGCGUGCAAUGAACCACAGCAAAGAAGGCUGAUACCGGAGCCGAGUAAGACUAUGCCAAGUGUCCCGAGUAGCACCAAGGCUCCAGAGCGGAAGAUGAAACCUCUCUUGCCGAGGGUAGACUCCUAUCUGAUUCCCGUACAGUUUCCUCUUACGCAGUCCCUGAUGUUCUCUCCAGUGGAGACAUUUAGUCCAGAUCCAGGAGCGUCUGAUGGACCUCACAGCAGUAAACGGGUCAAGAUUGCCCCCAAGGUUCUACUGGAGUCGGAGCAGCCCUCCCUGCCGAUCCCGGCACCACCUGAUAAGACGGAACUGGGCUCUCCAAAAAUGCUGCCAUCCCUUCUUUCUCAGUGCCAGCGCAUAAGUGGUUCAAGGAGGAAGCAGCAGCUGGUGACCCCCAGAUCUCAGGAGCCAGAACUGGUUCUCCCUGACACCAGUUUUUCUGAUUCGGGUUUGGACACGGAUAUAUCUAUCCUGCAGGACACAAAACCUCAGGAGGCGCCAUCUGAACUUACUCAAGACGAGGGCUACUCUUUCAAGACCCCUGUUAAGGAGAGGUUGACGAAGCCCCCUGCUUCAUCCACGCCAAGCAAACCAAUGAGCGAAGUUUCUUGCCUCCAGCUGUGGGAAUCUGAAUCCCCACUCACCAGAGAUCCCCUGUCAGAAUUCAGCCCAGUCCGAAUACCACGGGGACCUGCCCUUACCCCUUUCAAGGACAGUUAUGGGACCCUCAGUUUUUGGGAGACUCCUUUUAAAGAUCUGCCUUAUUUUGGUUCCCCCCCAGAUCUAAUGGGCACUUCCCCUCCUCUUUCCUCUCAGUUGGAAACACUGGAGACUCCUACUGGAGCUCGCAAACACAGAGGCUGUUCCAAGGAGCUGCAAGUAGGGGGCUCCACUAAUCGCUCCCUGUUGGAGGGGCUGGUGCUGGACACUAAGGACGAAAGCCUCAGUAAGAUCUUGUUGGACGUUAGUUUUAGUGGGCUGGAGGAGGACAAUUGUGCAGGCACUGACAGUUCAUACUGGGGACAGCUGUUCAACGAGCUGAGGUAGCCCCCUCCACCUGUUAGAUCCCCGCUCCCCCUACAUAAAUAAGUAGUGGUCUCUGGUGAAGGGAUCAAUGAUCUCAGCACAUUGAUUGGGGGUGUUGAUGCCCCCUCUCCCUAAAAAAAAAAUAAUCAUGCAAGUAUCCGUCUUUGAAUGGAUAAAAAAGCCAUUAAGUUAUACCUGGA